UUCUUAUAGCCUACAAGUGCACGAAUGCCUUAGUGCAUAGCACACCACCCUCCCCUCACGCGCCGUCAAUUGACAGUAACAACAAACGCUUUGGUUAUUAGGGACGCUUUAGUCGGAGUUCGGAAUAGUGCGUUGACUGAGUUGGUUGAAAACUCUCAAAUUCGAGACAGUUUGCGGCUUCAACGCUAGCUACGGACUGCAGGGUUUGGACAACAUGGUAAACAGAAAUGGCGUGGGAAAUCAAACGGAAUUCCCAUCAAGGGAGGCGGAGAUGGUUGCAGUGGGAAAGACGUUGGACGCUAACAAGUACGCUACUAAGAAAACCAUUGCCCAGGGAAUGCUGGACAUUGCAUUACUGACGGCGAACGCUUCUCAAUUAAAAUAUGUUUUGCAACUGGGACAUCGGCACGAAUUCUAUCACAUAAUGGUCUCUUUGAUCGCCUCUUCGAUUGUUCUUCAGAUUGUCGUCGGAAUUUUGGCUCUCACCCUGAAUAUGAUGCGCGACUGCCGUCUCCACAUCCAAGAGUACCGGUUCUCGGCCUUGGCUCUGAACUACAUCAACUUGGGCAGCGUCUUCGUCAUUACUGUCUUGAAUAUUCUGGUUGCCGCUUUCGACCCCGUGAUGCUGGGCCUCACCGUCGUUACCAUCUGCAUAAUGAACAACUGGCUUUACUGCAAAUCCGUGUCGACCAAUAAGCUCAACUAUCUGGUUUUGGCCUUCUCGCUCGCUAUUGCUAUCAUAGAUUGCUUAAAGAUACCCUUCGCUGCAGAUCCAAACAGUUAUUUAAGAGGGAUCUCUGUGAAGAUUAGUGAGAAGUACCGACCUCCCCGUAGACCCACACUUCCACCUGGAUUAUGUCACUUUGAGCCUCCUUCUCAUUUGUUUUGUGAUGAUAUUGAGCUUUUAGAUGAAUCAAGUGCGUUUAAACUGGUUGAAUCUAUCAGAAAUCUUCGGACCCAAGAGUUAGUAAGAAGAAAGCAGAGAAUAGCUGCAAUAGAAGAACAAAAUAUUGAUGAAAAGGAAAUAGAAGAAAUAACUUCAGGUCUCCCUUUAAAUAGUCGGACAAACAGCAUUCCUUCUCAAAAUGUUAUCAACUUGCAUCCAUCAAAUGGUCAAUUGCUGCCACAUACACAGAGUUCAAUGGAAGUUCUUACACCAAUCCAAAGCUCUACAGUGGAAAUUAAGAAAAAGGAAAAUAUGUCUGUCAUCAACCUAGCUGAAUUUGAAAGCUAUUCAACUAAUCCUUUUGAGGAAAUGGAACUAAAAACCUUAAAUGAUAAAGAAGAGCUAGCCAUGUUGCUUCAACCGAACUCCCAGACAUCUUAUGGGCUGCCUUAUCAAAAUUAUAACCCAUCAGCAAUGACAACAUGGCCUGAACAAAGACACCAACUCCCUUUGGGGCAAUAUCAAUCGACAACAAGCUGGAUUCCAAAUGAAAGCACACUUUUCGGUAUGGAUAAGAUAUCUCUUGGGAACAUGUGCACUCCUAUUCAAUCCGAAGAUCGAACCGUUUCGCAUAGGAACUUACGUCAAGCCAAAAGUGUCCCAGACCUCUCUGAUACAGGCUUUGGCAUUGGAGGAAUUCCAAUAAAUCAUCCGUCAUUUACAGGGGUUUCUGAUAAGAGACUCAGCUCUCGCACGCCUCCACCACGUUUAACGUUAGAUUCAAUAAAAAGGCCAAUGCCAAUACCAAGUAUGACUCACUCGCUGCCAUUCGAAAAGAACCUUACGGCAGUUGAGAAAUGCUUAGUCCAACAGCUGCAUGAUAUGGGAUUUGUACGGGAAACAGCCGCUCGAGCUAUUGCUCGUCUGGGUGCCAACGAAAAGGAUGUUGUUGACCAAUUGUUACUAAUUCAAAAAUUGGAAGAAGCUGGCCAUUCAAUCCAAAGGAUAGAAUCUGCAUUGAACGUUCUUAAGCCUUGUAAAGAAUUACCAGAACAAAUAGAGCAUCACCUAAGGCUGGUUGAUCAGUUGUCAGCAUUAGGAUUUGACCAUAGGAAAAUAAGUUCUGCCUUAGUGGCUGCUUGUCACAAUCGCGAUAAGGCCUUGGAUAUUCUUUUGUUGAAAUGAUCUUUUGUUCAUUCCUGUUUUCAUGACCUAUUGCUCUUAUAUUUUGUUCACUAAAUAUAUUAUUUCCUGCUGUAUCAACAUUGUUAAUGUCGAUGAUUCUAUGCUUCUUCAGUACUUCCUUUAUUAGAAUAAAUUGACGUUUAUUUAUCCCUGAA